UAGCAUAUCAGUACCAUUAUCAUUAUCAGUACCUAUGCUUACUAUAAAUUUCCACCGAGUUUUAAAAAAGUCGCACAUUGUUGUACACUGUAAACAUGUCAGGUUACGACUGGGUUCCUUGCUAUAACUUCAACAUUCCGCAUAAUGCGGUCAAAUGUGGCACCGAUCUGGACGGAAGCGAAAUUUACGUGGGCUUAAGUCACUACAAUGGCGAUGAACUUCCGUGCAAAAUUGUACCUAGACGGAGGGUAGCGUAUAUAUCACACAAUGGAAAGGAGAUAACAGUAUCGGAAUUUAAGAUUUUGUGCGAAAAGGCAUUACGUUGGUUGCCCAGUAGCAAUGGAGGUGUACCGAAAGGAGCAAUACCUGCAGGAAGAACAAUCAAUGGUGAAACUCUCUAUAUUGGAAGGACGUCUUUGCGUAACGUUACAGUUGUCGGAAAAGUACACCCAUCUCAUGGAUGUCUUUAUGUACCGUAUGAUGGUAAAGAAGUUGCUUACAAACAGUAUGAAGUUCUUGUUUUUCAUUAGUAAUAUUUCCAUUUAUUUUUAAUUUUUUUGUAACUUUUUUGUACUUCUCUUUGUAUAAUUAGCUAAGUAAAAAGCAAAAUGCAUACAGUGACUCACUAA